AUGCUCCGGGAAGCUUCGAACUGGUUCGAUCAAUAUAAUAUCACGGCGAACGUGGCGAGCGUCAUCAAGGAUCUGCACCAGAGAGCGCAGAAAACAGUAGCGCGCUCACAGUUACCACUGCCACUAGCAUUAAAUUCUCCCAGAGAUGAUGGCUGGGAUGUUCAAAUCGAUAAUUUCAAUGAGGAUCUGUCGCAAUACACACUUGAGAAGAGUGAACGUUCUGCUACACAGCUUCCUGUAAAUUUUAGAUUCUUUAUGGUCAGACCUAAGAUUAAAGAACCAACUAAAGCAGAAAAGGCUGCAAAUAAAGGACCUUUAUAUAAAAAGUACAAAUUUAAAGACUUUAUAAGUUUAAGUAACAAUAAGGAGAGUAAGGAGGGGAAGAAAGACAAGAGUAAGUUAAAGUAUCAGAAUGCCUUUAAAGGAGAGGUAAAAUCAUAUAUAUAUAGUCUUUGUAGCGGCGAAUCCAAAUAUGUCUCCGACCCAAGUUGGGGAUACAUCUAUAUCAACAGUCGUAUUGAAUCAAUUCACAACCCUAUGGACAACAACUGUCAAAGAAUUGGCCAGGAUCUUCAUGAAGGAGAAGGUUAUCUACAUUAA